CAAACUGAAGGCAGUGCAAGCAACUUUAACUCUUCUCUGAGUCUGGCCUCAAUUACAGAAAAUCUCAAUAAACUAUGGUUGGAUGUACAGAUGGUAAUAGUGGUAACCAAGUUGGUACAGACAACAUCUGUAUUGUAGGUACGACUGUGCCUCAAACUCUUAUGCUUUCCUCAGACAGUUUCUUGUUUAGGAAGUGCCUCAGCUCCGCAGUCACCUACUGUCAACAUAGCUGAGUUUGACAAUGAUGGCUGUACUCUGGAUGUGAGCUGGAGUGAACCUGUCAUCAGUUGUGGUGGCUCUGUGUCUCAGUAUGUGUUGACUGUGACUCCACCCACCUCUGAUUGCCAGUCAUCUGGAGACUGUAUGGUUAUGGAUGGUAGUUCAGUCAUCACCACACCUGGUACUCAGACCCAGUACAGUCUCACUGUGACUAGUCAGGACUAUGACAUCACCAUCAGAGCUGAUACAUGUGGUGGAUCACUGACUGGAGACACCAGCUCCCUGUACAAUAUUAACUUGACAGGAAAUUUGACAUCGUGCAGUGCUCUCUACAUGUAUAGUCCAGUUGAUGGGUCAUUGAGCGCCAUUGAAGUCAAUUGGACACCAAUACCGCGGAACAAUCCAGGAGGGCCAGAGUACACAGUGGUGAUAGAGGAUGGUGUGGGGUCUAGAGUGAGGGAGAGAGUGGGAGCUGUCAACUGUAGCUCCACUCGAUGCAGCCACACCUACUACCCAGCAGCCGGCAGUAGAGGGGAGUUUGGAGUGUCUGUGGAGACUGCUGGCUGUGUGACUAGACAGACAGUGUGUCUGGAGAGACCAGUCUAUUGUUCAUUGAGGGACUUGUCUCCCUCUCUGGUUGAGGAGAACAGAGUGUGUGGGUCAGUGAGUGGUGGUGGGGUGUGUUACAGUGGAGACAGUGUAGGAUCAGUGGCAGUCUACUUCUGUGAUGAUGGCUAUAGUCUAGAGGGAGACACUACCAGAGAAUGUCUCUCUAGUGGCCUCUGGAAUGGAACCACUCCUCAAUGUGUGGAGAUAAUCAAUGAGUGCAAACCAGAAGAAUGCAUAGUUUCUCCAGAAAAAGACGACAGUCAAACUGCAGCAGUGGUUGCCAGCAUUGUUUGCAGUCUUGUGUUUCUAACUAUUGGAGUUCUACUGGGAGUGGUGGGACUGUACCUCAUACAGAGAGUGAGGGGCAGGAUGUCUGGCCCCACCUCCUCCUCUCCCCCUCCCCUCCCUCCACCAGUCACCUAUGAGGAGGUGGGUGUGGCAAGAGAGGUCAAGAGUUCACAAGACAUUCAGCUGACCUCCAAUGAGGCAUAUGGUCCAGUACUCAAGGACAACAUUCCCACCUCUCACAACACUGCUUAUGGAAAGUGCAGCUGUGAU